GAAUCCAAUACGGAAUGUUCUAGAAGAUUCUAGAACGUUCUGGAAGGUUCGAGAACAAUCCUCGAACGCCCGCGAUUUAUUAAUUGACACUAUUGUCUACCCAACCUACGGGGAAUUCCUUACCCCCUGAACUUUAAACGCCACCGCUGCGAAUCUGGGUAUAUAAACCCCCGACGUUUAUCGUUCCUACAUCAUUCGACUACAAGAGAGCCAAGAACAAGCUCGUUCCGGAAUAGUCUAAGUGUUUCUGCUCGCGUCGUGUCUGGCCCUCCAUAGCCGGCACUUGGUUUGCGGAAUUUCGCCACUCUACCCAACUUCUCUUCCUUCACUUGAAUUACCGCCCGACGCCUUAGCCACAACUGGACAUCGCAGCACCAGCAGCCUGGAUCUACCUCCUGCUAGGACCAUCUUUCCAGCCGAGAUAGAGCCACACCAAUCGAAGGAGCCCUUUCUACAAUUGACGUCGCUCCCGGCCCGUCUGCAAUCCGAGACAACGCCGUCACUUACCUUCUCUUUACUUCUGGAAAAACCUCAUUCUGUAGGUCGAUAACACAAACCCAUUUUUUUCUGUGUUACAUUCCUGGCCUGUGUCUUGUACACUCCCAGUCGAUUUUUUACUCUUUCCUGGCUUGGCAAUACGCCCCCAGUUGAUAAAUCCUUUACAUAUUUUUUUGAUAAAAAUAUUGUGUACUCUGUACCAUAAAACUAAUAUUAAUUGUUUUUAAUAAAACACCCCUCUCCUGUAGAGAAAGAACCCAGGAUGGCCCACACGAACGAAAACAUCAUCAGAGCAGAGGCCAUUGUAAAAGACUGCUUCACUGCCUCGCUCCUAGCCGGAGAUCGGAACGGCAUCCGCGAGAGACUCUCCCGGAUUCUCCCAGCAGGAGCGUAUCCACUCUGCAACCUCCGGGGCGGAUAUGAUCCUACCCAAUCCGGGCCCUCCGGAUCUGGAUAUACAACCCGACAUCAACCCAUGAGACGCCGGGGAGCUCCAUAUGGAGCCAGACCUCCACCAUCCAUUCCGAUGGCUUAUCUCUCAGCCGCCCAACGAGACGAACUGCAACAACUGGAGCAAGAAAAAAGCAGACAAAUAUUGGCCCGGGCUGAAGCACGGGAAGCUGGCAGCUUCAUCGCUCAAGAGGAGCGCCGACUGGCUACCAUGGCGAAUAUCAACCUACAACAGGCCGAAUUGGACCGCCAAAAAGCGGCUCUCCAACGUCCACCAUCAUUCAUCCCUGGUAAACGAACUGCAUUCAGCCCAGGACAGCAAACGUCAUCACUGACCCCACAGAUUCCACUGCUAAAAAUUACAAUUCCGGCCACUUCAACUACGGACGCCGAAAGCCAACUCUUGGCAUCACCAAGCAAGGACGUUACAAUGAAAGACAAAACUUCUGAACGAUCCGAAGAACUUUUUGGCCCGAGUACACCAAUUACCGUUUCGGAUGAUGUAACACUCACAAAAUAACCAAAAAAUAAUAAAUGGCACUAUCAACAA